AUGGAAAGUAGUAUAGUUCAGUACUUAAAGGAUAAGAGCAUCUUUGUCACUGGUGCCACUGCUUUUCUAGCAAAGAUCUUUGUGGAGAAGGUUCUUAGAGUUCAACCUAAUGUGAAGAAACUCUUCCUUCUUGUGAGAGCUAAGGAUGCCAAAUUUGCUACAUAUUUUGCCAUGGCUAGAAUGUAUGGCUGGCCAAACACCUAUGUAUUUUCAAAGGCCAUGGGAGAAAUUCUUUUAGGUCAUUUAAGAGGAGAGAAGCCACUAGUUAUCAUGCACCCAACAAUUAUAACAAGUGUCUAUAAAGGCUCAUUAACAGGUUGGAUAGAAGGAGUAGGUAAGACAAUUGACAGUGUAAUACUUGGUUAUGCAAAAGGAGAUAUUUUAUGCUUUUUAGGAGAUCCAGAAGUAGUUAUAGAUUUGAUUCCUGGAGACAUGGUGGUUAAUGCCAUGAUUUUAGCAAUAGCUACACAUUCAAAUCAACAUUCAGAAGUCAUAUAUCAUGAAGAAAGUUUGAGAAAGGCAAUGGUGAAUAAUGAUGAGAUGAAGUUGUUUGAUUGUGAUCCCAAGCACAUUGAAUGGGAUGAUUACUUGAUUAACUUUCACAUUCCAGGUGUAAUCAAGUAUUUGCUUAAGUAG